GGGGCGGAGCGCUUCCGGAUUUCUGUCUUUAGGCAGCUAAGAGGAACCAGGAAGUUAUGCCAUAAUUUUGUUCAAUUUUUCUGUUCUUUUUUUUUUUUAAUGCUUUUAGGGAUUUAUGAGGGUCGCUGAAGGAGCGAAGGAGGAGAGCACGAGGCCGAAAGUGGUUCCCUAGCGAUGCCGGUGGAGAUGCACAGCCAGGGCCAGGACCGCUGUGUCCUCACCUGCACUGAGUGCAAGCAGCGGGUGGAGACAGGCUGGCACUGCCCCGGGUGCGAGGGCUACGACCUUUGCAUCAACUGCUACAACACCAAGGGCCACACCCACGAGAUGGUGAAGGUGGGGCUGGGCCCGGAUGAAGAGGCCGAGGAGGGCGAUCAGGGCGGCAACCAGGGGGAGCGCCGGUUCAGGAACCCCCUGGAGUCCCUGCGCCAGAACAUCCAGGGCUGCAUCCUGUCCCUGGUGCACGCCUGCCAGUGCCGCAACGCCAACUGCUGGCUGAAGUCCUGCCUGAAGAUGAAGCGUGUUGUGCUGCACACCAAGCGCUGCCAGCGCAAAACCAAUGGAAGCUGCCCCAGGUGCAAGCAGCUAAUCGCCCUUUGCUGCUACCAUGCCAGACACUGCCAAGAAAACCCAUGCCCCGUUCCCUUCUGCCUCAUCAUCAAGCGGAAGAUCCGCGAGCAGCGGCUCCGGCUCCGCCAGCAGCGGAUUGGGAACCGCCUGCCGCAGGGGUAGCUCAUGCGCCAGCGGAUGCCACCAGGAACUCCCGUCACGUGCCUCAGCAGUCUGCCAUCCCCUCCUUGAGCACCACCCUGGACACCCCCACAGCAGCCCAACACACCCCAGACACCACAGCCUCCGACUCAGUCCCAGCCCUGGCCUGUAAGCAUGUCACUAGCCAGCUUCUUCAGCUCGGCCAGAACUUCGCCCCACCAGUGUCCACGGGGAAGCCCACUAACCUUCAGCUCCAGCCCAGCCUGCAGCCCAGCCUGCAGAACCUGAACGCCAUGCAAGCCAGCGGGCCCGACCUGCUGUCCCUCCGCAGCAGCAACAGUGGGAGGCCUGAACCCCCAGAGCCAGGCCUUGAACAUCAUGUACCCGGGGCACAACCCCAGCGUGGCGAGAAUGAACCACAGCACAGAGAGAUGCCGCGGAGCAGCAGCAGCAGCAGGAAGGCAGCGCUGGCAUGGCUGCAGGUCUGGCAGGACACGCCCAGUUCCAGCAGCCUCAGGGACAUGAUGCCACCCGCAGCCAUGCAGCAGCAGCAGAUCCAGCAGCCGAUUGGGUCCCAGGCCAGCCAAACCCUGUUAGGCAUAUUCUGUACCUUUCCCUUGCCUCAGUUUCUCCCCUGCGCUCAGUACUUUCUAUUGUCCCCCCUUGAGGUUCCUGUCCUCUCUGCCAUUUUCCUGUUACUCUCAUUUCAGGUGUCACAGGAGACAGCUAAGCAGCUGAGAAAAGCAGCUCUAGACCCAGCCUCCUGCAACGGCCUGCACCUCCAUCCGACCCACACAGAGACAUAAAUAUCCCACCCUCCCUACUCUUACUUGCUGAAAUGGAUAUGUUGGUGUGUAUUAAUAAGACCAUUUCUAGCCCUAACCGGCUUGGCUCAUUGGAUAGAGUGUCAACCUGCACACUGAAGGGUCCCAGGUUUGAUUCUGGUCAACAGCAUAUACCUUGGUUGCGGGCACAUCCCCAGUAGGUGUUGUGCAGGAGGCAGCUGAUCAAUGUUUUUAACUCUCUAUCCCUCUCCCUUCCUCUCUGUAAAAAAUCAAUAAAAUAUAUUUUUAAAAAUAAAUAAAAUUUCUACACUCUCACAA